AGAAGAUUGAAGUGUUUGUGCAUCGUUUCAGUGCGUGACCUGACAGAGGUCACUCUUUCAUGGCACGCAGACCUCGGGGUCGGCAAUCUGAGUGAAGGACCCAAGAAUAGACAAGUGUGACAGACUGCAUGUGUGUGUCUAAAAUAGAGAAAGAAUGAGAGAAAGAAAGAGGGAAAAAGAAUCGAUGGGGGACUGAUGCAAAGUGGGAGUGUGUGGAGGAGAGGGUGUCUGUGUGGGUGGGUGUGUGUGAGUGAGUGAGGGAGAGUAGCAGAGAGGGAGUGCACUUCCAGCUCAGUCUGUGUUAGUGCCUCUGCCUCCGUCUUGUUCUUUCUGGAGCCCCCCCACUUCUUAUCACUGGAUACAAACACAGUCCCAGGAAAGAGGGAAAUCUUUGUGUUUUUGUUUUGGCCUCUGAGGAGUUUGGACGUCCAUAACCUGUGUCACUAUGGAGAGAACAAGCAUAGAAAUGAAUGGUCGAGUCCUUCCCUCAUCAAUACCUGAAGACAUGGAAGUACAUGAUCACUUUCAUCACGAGGAGAUGAACGGGUAUCACCUGAAGCUCCCUGAUGGAGGAGAAGCCGAGGUCCCGGUGUCUAAGUCUCAGAGACGGAAAAGUGACGUCAAAGUCUAUAAGGAGUUUUGUGAUUUCUACGCUCGCUUCAAUAUGGCCAAUGCGCUGGCCAAUGCCAUGUGUGAGCGCUGUAAGAGCGGCUUUGCACCCGCAGAGAAGAUCGUCAACAGUAACGGUGAACUCUACCAUGAGCAGUGCUUCGUGUGCGCCCAGUGUUUUCAGCAAUUUCCAGAGGGGCUGUUCUAUGAGUUCGAGGGCAGGAAAUACUGUGAACAUGACUUCCAGAUGCUGUUUGCUCCAUGCUGCCACCAGUGUGGUGAGUUCAUCAUCGGCCGUGUCAUCAAGGCCAUGAACAACAGCUGGCACCCAGACUGUUUCUGCUGCGAUAUCUGCCAGGCCGUGCUGGCUGAUGUGGGCUUCGUGAAGAACGCCGGACGGCACCUGUGUCGUCCGUGUCACAACAGAGAGAAGGCUCGUGGCCUGGGCAAGUACAUCUGUCAGAAGUGUCACGCCAUCAUUGAAGAGCAUCCGCUGUUGUUCAAGAACGACCCCUACCAUCCUGAUCACUUCAACUGCAACAACUGCGGCAAAGAGCUGACGGCAGAUGCCCGGGAGCUGAAGGGAGAGCUCUACUGUCUGCCCUGCCAUGACAAGAUGGGUGUGCCCAUCUGCGGAGCCUGCAGGAGACCAAUCGAGGGCCGUGUGGUCAACGCCAUGGGAAAGCAGUGGCAUGUGGAGCAUUUUGUGUGUGCUAAGUGUGAGAAACCUUUCCUUGGACACCGUCACUACGAACGCAAGGGUCUGGCCUACUGCGAAACUCACUACAACCAGCUGUUUGGAGAUGUCUGCUACCACUGCAACCGUGUCAUCGAAGGAGACGUGGUUUCUGCUCUCAACAAGGCUUGGUGUGUCAACUGCUUCGCUUGCUCGACCUGCAACAGCAAGCUCACCCUCAAGAACAAGUUUGUGGAGUUUGACAUGAAGCCAGUCUGUAAGAAGUGCUAUGAGAAAUUCCCUCUUGAGCUAAAGAAGAGGCUGAAGAAGCUGUCGGAGACGGUGGCUCGCAAGUGAACUCCCAAGUCAAGCUGUGGGAGUAGAGAAUAAGGCAGACACUGAGGUAGAUGUCACGUUUCCAGAUAUGACAAUCAUGUCAUCAUGGUGUUAUUCACAUCGAUGGUAUUACUACAGUAGAGUUCAGAGUGUAGUGAAACACUCCUUUUUAUUCACAGCUUUGUUUGUACUGAUGAUGAUGAGCCUUGAACUGACGUCGGUCCGUCAGUAGGUGUCACUUUAACCUGGUUUUGACUGCACUGUAUUAUUCACACGCUUGCCUUAUUACACUCCUACACAUAUUAGGGCUAAUAAAUAUCCGAAUAUUGAAAUACGUUUUUUAAAAUAAAAUAUUUUUUAAAUAUUUUUUCUCUUUAAGAAAACUGAUUUGUACAUCAGUUUCCAAAAAAAAAAUCUAAAUAAAACAAUAUUGAAAAACAUCUCCUUGCUUUGUCCCAUUAAAAGGUUUUAGCAUCUUUCGUUAGCAUUAGCAACGUAAAUUGCUGUCUUUGUGCCUUUCUUUUACUUCAAAAUAUAAAGACUUAAACUUAAACUACAAAUAUUCAAACAAAUAUGUGUUUUAUGUUCUCUAUUUAAACAUCUUUAAACGUUCAUUUCUUUCCUACAUCCACAUGCCCAUAUAUAUAUAUAUAUAUAUGAAACGUUAACAAAAAUGAUAUGAAUAUUAAACAGUAUAACAUUUAAACUCCAGAUAACAAAUAAUAGCGUGUUUUUGACUAACCGAUCAAGAUGUCUCUGAAAACGUUUCUUAUUUUGGACAUGCUGUAAUUUACCAUCAAAGUCAGACUCUUAUUGGUAGGUACGGGCUAAUAAGUACAUUUUUGUUACCUAGUUGGUCUGCCCCUAGUGGUCAACAGCUUUCCUCCAGGCUGAAAGACAACAUCCUUCUCUUAUACAGUCUGUACACCUGAUACUGUUGUAUAUCUUUUUUUUUUUAAUAAAACAUAAUCAAAUGCUGUUGUGCUGAAUGUUUGAAUAAAAAUAUGACUAUUUAAGGUGUUCUACCACAUAUGACUUAAUGUAUUACUAACUUAUAUUUUCAUAAUUCUAUGCAUCAAGUUUGGGUUUAGUUUGAUGAAUCGAUUGUUUAGUUGUUGUUUUUUUUUCUCUCUUUAUCAAAACUGUAAAAUGAUAAUACCAGUAUUGGAGGAAGUUUGAAUGGAUGUCUUGCAGUCCUUGUUUUUUAUGAGUGAAGUGUUUUUUUUUGUUUUGUUUUUUUAUUUUACAGUACACUGAGGACAGUAACGUAUUAAAUUCAACCCAGAAUAUGCUCACAGAGUAGACUGUACUUCACAUUGUAGUCCAUUUUUUCCUGAUCUCCUAAUAGAUUCAGUUAAUAUUAAUGUCGCAGUGGUCAAUUUAAUACUGCACUUCACACUCAUGCACAUGCCAACAGGUAUACUGUAUGUACAACAUAAUGCCUGGUGGCAUGUGCACAGAGCGGAUGUCUAAGUACGGUCAUAUGUUGGAGCAUGUGUCUGCACUUUCUAAUCCCGGAAAUCCAGGAAAACAAUCUUUGCAUUAACAGUUAACUUUGCUGAAACAAAGACAAUACAGACCAUUAAAAAAAAUUACAUAUUAUUUUCACAAUACACAUUCCACUAUGUUAUAGAAAUUCUUAUGCAACUUGUUAUCAAAUUUAGUCAUAGAAAACCAAAACCUCCCCACCGUUUUCUGAGGAUUUCUUGACUUCACAGGUUGAAUGGUAUGCCUCGCUGAUAUAUAAAUGUAUGUGGUUGACUGAGUUGAACCCACUGCUUUGUUUUGUUGUAUUGCCUCUUCACGCUGAUUGCCAAAAAAAACCCCAAAACCUUUUUUUUAUGUUAACACACCAAAGUGCAUGUUUUUUGAGUCUUGUAUGAAGAUUUAUUUUUCACUAUACUGAAAAUAAAUGUUUAUCAUUACUGCCA